GCGUGGACGGUGACAGCCACGCGCGCACGUGCGCGCCCGGCCGCCGCGCGCCCCCGAGAUCUCCAGCCGCCGCGGCGAGGCGCGCGCGAUCGGGGUCGCCGCCGUCUAGGGGCCGGGUCCUGGUGACCUCAGCGUCCCCGACCCGAGUCCCGGAGAGCCGGGCGGGUUCCACCCCGUCGGUCCCAGCUCGCGUUCCCUCCCGACGGCCGCCAGGGCCCGCCCCGCGACUCCCCUUUUCCGCUCCCGGGGCAGGGUCCUCGCGGCCCAUGCUGGCUGCUGGGGGCCCGCGCCGCCUAGACAGUUCCCGGGCCGGCCGGCCGGCCACCAUGGUCGCCCUGAGGCCUGUGCGGCUCCUCCAGGGAGGCUAACAGUCCCAGCGCGCAGGCCUGGGGACGCGAGGGUCCCGGGCCUGAGCCCCGAACCAUGGCCGGGGCCAUCGCUUCCCGCAUGAGCUUCAGCUCGCUCAAGAGGAAGCAGCCCAAGACGUUCACCGUGCGGAUCGUCACCAUGGACGCCGAGAUGGAGUUUAAUUGCGAGAUGAAGUGGAAAGGGAAGGACCUGUUCGACUUGGUGUGCCGGACCCUGGGGCUGCGGGAAACCUGGUUCUUCGGGCUGCAGUACACGAUCAAGGACACCGUGGCCUGGCUCAAGACGGACAAGAAGGUGCUGGAUCAUGAUGUUUCGAAGGAAGAGCCGGUCACCUUCCACUUCCUGGCCAAGUUUUACCCCGAGAACGCCGAGGAGGAGCUGGUUCAGGAGAUCACACAGCAUUUAUUCUUCCUGCAGGUGAAGAAGCAGAUCUUGGAUGAGAAGAUCUACUGCCCGCCAGAGGCCUCGGUGCUGCUGGCUUCGUACGCCGUCCAGGCCAAGUACGGCGACUACGACCCCUCUGUUCACAAGCGGGGAUUUCUGGCCCAAGAGGAAUUGCUUCCAAAAAGGGUAAUAAAUCUGUAUCAGAUGACUCCAGAAAUGUGGGAGGAGAGAAUCACAGCCUGGUACGCGGAGCACCGAGGCCGGGCCAGGGACGAGGCCGAGAUGGAAUAUUUGAAGAUAGCGCAGGACCUGGAGAUGUAUGGCGUGAACUACUUCGCCAUCCGGAACAAGAAGGGCACGGAGCUGCUGCUCGGCGUGGACGCGCUGGGGCUUCACAUCUACGACCCCGAGAACAGGCUGACCCCCAAGAUCUCCUUCCCGUGGAACGAAAUCCGCAACAUCUCCUACAGCGACAAGGAGAUGCGGUCGGAGGAGACGGCCGACCUGCUGGCGGAAAAGGCCCAAAUCACCGAGGAGGAGGCGAAGCUCCUGGCGCAGAAGGCUGCGGAGGCCGAGCAGGAGAUGCAGCGCAUCAAGGCCACGGCCAUCCGGACGGAGGAGGAGAAUCGUGUGAUGGAGCAGAAGGUGCUGGAGGCCGAGGUGCUGGCGCUGAAGAUGGCCGAGGAGUCCGAGAGGAGGUCAGAGGCGGGAAACCGUCAAGCGUGUCCGAGACUUGCUUUAGCUGAGGAAAUGGUGGAGUACAUGGAGAAGAGCAAGCACCUGCAGGAGCAGCUCAAUGAACUCAAGACGGAGAUCGAGGCCUUGAAGCUCAAAGAGAGGGAGACGGCCCUGGACAUUCUGCACAACGAGAACGCCGACCGGGGUGGCGGCACCGGCAGCAAGCACAACACCAUCAAGAAGCCUCAAGCCCAAGGCAGAAGACCUAUCUGCAUUUGAGCCCUCAAACUCACCUUGCAGAGCGCCAAGUCCCGAGUGGCCUUCUUCGAAGAGCUCUAGCUGGGGACCCGCCGCCCCAGGAUCUACCGCUGCCGCCGCUGCUGCUGCUGCUGCUCCGGCUGAUGGUCCACCAUCGUGGGAGCCGGUGCAGGUGGCGGGCCGGGACCCCCGGGAGAGCACAGAGCUCUCCCCGGCCAAGGGGAGCGCCCACCCUCUCGUGUGCAAUGGCCUCGAACUGUGAGCCUGCGGAGGUUUCUCCCACGGGGCUCUGGUCCUCCUGACCUGUCUUUAAAUGUCUUCGGAAGUA